UACAGAUGUCAAAUAGCUGGCGUACAUAGUUUUGUGUACCAUUUUAUCGUCAACACGGAACGUUUUACCACAAUUUCAAUCGUUUAAAUAUUUAUUUCUAAGUGAAAAAAAAAACAUCAAGAUAAAUCCAUAAAAAUGUCGUUGGCUAUGCAAAAACGGAACAAUAUUCGAUUGCCCCCAGAAGUGAAUCGUGUUCUUUACAUCAGAAAUUUACCAUACAAAAUCACAUCGGAUGAAAUGUACGAUAUUUUUGGAAAAUAUGGCGCAAUACGACAGAUCCGAGUUGGAAAUACACCAGAAACCAGAGGAACAGCAUUUGUUGUUUACGAAGACAUUUUCGAUGCAAAGAAUGCCUGUGAUCAUUUAUCUGGCUUCAACGUUUGCAAUCGAUACUUGGUUGUACUUUACUAUCAAUCAAAUAAGGCGUUCAAGCGAUUAGAUGUUGACAAGAAACAAGAGGAGCUGAACAACAUUAAGACAAAAUAUAAUAUUGGCACCGAUGAAUUGGGCAAAUAAGUUGUAUCAAUAAAAGGCUAAGAUUUUGAAAAUAAAAAUUAAACGCAUCUCCAA